GUCUGAAUGAAACAGAUGGUUCUGGUUUAUCCAUCCCUGAAUUUAAAAAAAAUUUUUUUUCUGGUGUAUAACCAACAGGGUUUAGGUGCCCCGGUUGGAUCCAUCAUUGCAGGGAGCAAAGCAUUUAUUGACAAAUCCUUGAGGCAUCGUAAGGUUUUAGGAGGUGGAAUGAGACAAGGUGGUAUCCUAGCAGCAGCUGCACUUCUAGCCCUUGAUAGAGCAACAGACAAGAUAAAACUUGACCAUGAAAAUGCUAAAAGAUUUGCUGAAGGUAGGUCUUGGCUCCAAGCCAACAUGACCCAGAUUAUAACAGUUGGUUAACAGGGUGACAUUUAAUGGAAUAAAGGUUGAGCAGUUUAUUUGCCCUCUGAAAUGCUUUUGACUUCCCAAGUCCCAACAAAUUACCAUGAAAAAAUUAUUGGAAUGUUUGCGUAGUAAAUUUAGGAAAUGUAUGAUUUAUUCUGUAAUUUAUCUAUAGUGUAUUACUUUUUAUUUUUUAAUUUCUAUACCAACUCAGAGAACAAAAACCUUGAAUUAAAAUAAAUAUAAUAAAUAUAUAUACAGUAAGCUAAAACGUUGUCGUUCAUUAUUUGUUCACGCUUGGCUUAAUCUUUUU